AUGUCCGAACCGCCACGGAAACGCGCAAAGCUGGCCUGCGUGACAUGCAACGCGCGACGCGUCAAGUGUGAUGUCACUGACCGACAUCCUUGCAGCAACUGUGCAGCCGGCAACGUCGAGUGCGAAACGCGUGAAUCGAGGCGUGGAAAGCAUAUUAGGAAGCCACGAGCGGAGACUGAAGUGCGCAGCAAAACUCCACCAAGUGUGACAGCUAUUAGCCCACAACGACACGAAGACGAGGUGGCUGCGUCGCACGUUCUGGCCUCAUUAUCCUCAAAUUUCCACAGCCCUGUCAACACCCACACGCCCGCUUCUGGGGGCCAACAUCACCUCCCAACCCCGUCGGCGCCGUCGGAUCUCAACAGUGAUCAGUCAAAAGCGAGCUCUGUCCACCAAGAAGAUGCCGUCUUUCUUGGGGAAUCCAGCUCCUUACGCUAUGUGACGACAGGCGAGCCAUCUGCAGCUGCAGCAGAACGCCGACAGUCCUGCUUUCGGCAUGCCGUCCCUAGUGCUGCAAGGGCCGAAUCACUUGUGCCAGAAUGGGAAUCUGAACGACGUGUUGCACGCAAAAAGGCUCUGCAAGCAGAAGGGGCCUUUUCUUUUCCUCCUGCUGAAGUCCGACUUGAGCUGUUCCAGGCAUACUUCAAAUGGUUUCACCCGCACUUUCCAAUCAUAGACGAAGAAGAAUUUUGGACCGAGUACCGAGAGUUCAAUUUCUCCGCCUUAUUACUACAAGCUAUGAUGUUCAUCGGAGUUAUCCACUGCGAGGAGUCGACGCUCUAUCGUCUUGGAUGGGGAAACCGGCAUCGAGCGAAAUGGUUUUUUUACAUCAGAGCUAAGGAUAUCUAUGAUGCUACGUUCGAGACCAACAAGAUCAUUGUCAUACAAGCUCUGUUUCUCAUGAGCUUUUGGCGAGCCGGUGCGUUAUUGGAGAAGGAUGCACGACAUUGGCUAGGCACAGCUAUCAGCCUCUCUGAGACAAGAGCACUACAUCGGUCUGGAGGCGAUACCGAAGAGAGUCUAACGAGGGUUAAAAGGAGGCUUUGGUGGGCUAUCUAUGUUCGUGAGCGGCAAUGCGCAUCUGCUCUAGGGCUACCGUGCCGCAUACGUGACAAAGAUUGCGAUAUCGAGCCGUUAUCAUCCGCCGAUUUCACAUCUGCUUUUGCUUCAACAACAUCUGUCGAAGACCGUCAUCGCUACACUGUCUACGCGAUAAGCAUGGUGCAGCUGGCGGUCUUCUUGGGCAGGGUGGUGGACGCUGGUUAUCUACCGAAGCGCACGCUCGCGCCUGACGAAAGGAUCAAGCUGCGCAAUGAGCUUUAUAAAUGGAGACAAGACCUCCCGAGUGUCAUGCAGUUGCAAACCGAUGCCGGUGAUCCGCCAAACUUUCAGGCCAGUAUGCUCCAUCUUGCAUACAACAACCUACUUAUUCUACUCUACCGCACCAGCUUCGUUCUGGACGAGAACAGCAACACAGCAACAGACGGAAAUGUCGCGCUCCAGGCUGCAGCGCGUAAUUCGCGUAUAGUCGAAGAUAUGCUGCCUGGCGGCAACAUUGGGCAUGCUCAGAUGCAUGUCAUCACCAAUUUAUUCAACACACUCUGUAUUCACGUUGUGAAUUUCAGGCGCUCAAGCGGCAUCAAUCGCACCCUCGCUGAACAUCGAGCCAAACUAUGUUUAUUGGGUUUGCAAGAACUCCAGAAGACGUGGGAGGUGACCAAUUGGGUGUUACAAUUGUUCUUUCAAUACCUCGAUAGAGAAACAGCCUCGAGGUUGGCUAUGGAAGCGGAUGAUGGUGGUUCUUCGACUGCCACUGGCCAGUUCACCUCAGCCUGUACUACCACGCAACCGCCGUUGCAACACCAGGGUGCUGAUAACGUCCCAACUCGUAGCAUGCAAUAUCUCGACGCUCCUGCAUCUUCCACCACUAGUCCCAAGCCCUGGUCGUGGACCUUGGAUGAAGCCGACCAGUAUCUCUUCACGCAGAUCGAAAACGACUUUGCUUUUGGAGAGGGUGCCUUGCAGCAAUGGUGUCCCGAAGACUUGCUUUCCACGGAGUGA